UAAUAAAUAUUUACAAAAUUAAUAAAAGGUUAAUGCUUAAUAAAAGAAAACAAUAUACUUAUCAAAAUUAUACAAAAAAUACUUUUAACAAAAAAUAAUACAUCAUAUUACCCUAAAUAUUUUUUUUACAUCCCGCCCGCAGGGCGGGUUUUUCCUAGUUUUUCAUAUAAGCUAUGUGAAUGCCGACACAGAAGCCUUGUUCGUUCUGUAUAUGAACUUCCAGCGCUCAGUCUUUGGAGAUUGAAAUCAAUAAGCACUCAGUCUAUGAUGUUUUGAUCAUUUACCGAAAUGUAGUAAAUACAUAUAAUUAUAGAGACAUCCAUGAACUUGUAAUGGAUUAAACAAUUCAUUAAUUCAGUUUUAAAAUGAAAAGAAAUUACCAAUUGUUGAUAAAAAAAAGAAAUGACCAAUCACAUAACGUAGUACAAAAAAUUGCAACUACUAUAAAAAUAUAAUUUUACUGUUGACAAAAACCAUCGUGUACUGUAUAUAUAUUGAAAAUAAUAAUUAAAUACAAAAAUCAUUUUAUAAAGCAUCUUGUAUAUAUAUACUCACAAACCCCCAUAACAUCUUCUUCGGUAUACGCCUUCUAUUCCCUUGACAACAUCAAACUUUAAACCCCUAUAAAUCAAGAAAGAAGAAAGAGAAGAAGAAUCAACAAAAAACCAGAAGCAAUCAAUGUCUUAUUCUUCCCUCAGAUUGCCCGUCUUUCUCAUUCUCUCAUCUCUUCUCCAUGCCGCUUUAGGGGAAGAAAUCUUUUGCGAGAAUCUGCCCACUAGUAUGUGCGCGUUCUCGAUAUCGGCUUCCGGAAAAAGAUGUUUAUUGGAGACAGCUAACGUCGCCGGAGAAUACACUUGCCGGACUUCCGUGGUGGAGGUUGAAGGAAUUGUAAACCACGUGGAGAGCUAUGAGUGUGUAGCCGCUUGUGGUGUUGAUCGGAAAACCGUAGGGAUCUCAUCGGACGCAAUGAUGGAGGCAGGAUUCGCCACUAAGCUUUGCUCUCCGGCUUGUUUAGAUUAUUGCCCUAACAUUCUUGAUCUUUUUUUCAAUCUCGCCGCCGGUGAAGGUGCAUUCUUACCUGAUCUGUGUGAUGCACAACGGACAAAUCCACACCGUUCGAUGUUGGAAAUGCUCGGUUCAGGCGGGGCUCCUGGGCCUGCUUCUGAGACUGCUCCAGGCCCUGUCUCCGACUCCGACUCCUCAGCCCCUGCUCUAGCUCCGGCUGCUAUGUAAAAUUAAUGUAAAUAAUUUCACGUGUGUCAUAUUUAUGUUUAAUAUUUCGAUUGUUGAUCCAUAAUGAAUCAUAUCUCUUUAUAUGAUUUGAUCUAGCUCAUCAAUUGAUUCAUAUGAGAAGAGGAUUCAGAGUGAGUUUGAUUUGUGGGUCUGUUUCGUAACAUUUCCCAAUGUACUAAAUUUUAGCAAAAAAUAAAAUAAAAUUUCC